AUGAGACAUCCGGGUCUGUUAGCUCGUCGGCCAUGGAUCUGCACUCAAUGCAGCAGCAGUGCCCGUUAUUUCUCGGUCGCGACAUCCAGGGCCGCGGCGGCUCAGCGCGGUUCGAAGAAGUCCAAUCUCCCCGAGUCGCCCGCCAGGACUCGCUUUGCGCCCUCGCCCACCGGUUACCUGCAUUUGGGCUCGCUGCGGACUGCCUUGUUCAACUACCUUCUAGCCAAGCGGACCGGAGGACAAUUUCUGUUGCGAAUCGAGGAUACGGAUCAGAAACGGACGAUUCCCGGCGCCGAACAGAGACUGUACGAAGACCUCGAGUGGGCGGGAUUGCACUGGGAUGAAGGCCCUACAAUUGGAGGUCCUUACGGUCCGUAUCGACAGUCCGAGCGAACUUCCAUCUACCGCUCCCACACACACGAUCUCAUCAACAACGGUCACGCCUACCGAUGCUUCUGCUCCGCCGAUCGACUGGACGCUUUCGCGAGACAUCGCAGCGAGGCCGGACUACCUCCAGGCUACGACAGGAAAUGCGCCGAUAUCACCGCCGAGGAAUCCGAAGAACGCGCGACCAACGGAGAGACGCAUGUGGUCCGCCUGAGGGUGGAAGGAUACCCGAUGUUCGACGAUUUGGUAUACGGCAAGACCGGACAAAAUCGCUCACCCAACAAGCUGGACCUGAUCGAACGGGUGUAUGAUGACCCCAUUCUGCUCAAAUCGGACGGCCACCCGACCUAUCAUCUGGCCAAUGUGGUCGACGACCAUUGCAUGAAGAUCACCCACGUCAUUCGGGGAACCGAAUGGAUGCCCUCGACCCCCCUGCAUGUCGCACUAUACAACGCUUUCAAGUGGACGCCGCCUCGGUUCGGCCAUGUGCCUCUUCUCGUGGACAAGUCCGGGCAGAAGCUCAGCAAGCGCAAUGCCGAUAUUGAUUUGACGUACUUCCAGGACAAGCAGGGCAUUUUCGCCACGACUCUGGUGAACUUUGCCGCUCUCCUGGGAUGGUCUCACACCAACAAGUCAGAUAUCUUUAACUUGGAAGAGUUGGAAAAAAUCUUCAACCUCAAAAUCACCCGCGGAAACACAGUCGUUGCUUUCGAGAAACUGUGGUUCCUGCAAAAGGCCCACGCUCAACGAAUCGGCGCAGCUGGCGGGCCUCAAUUCGAAGAAAUGGUGUCUAAAGUGACCAAAGUCGUCGAAGACACCUACCCAGCCGCCCAACUCUCACCAAUCCUACUAUCACGCCCUCUCUCCGAAUACGUCACGCCCCUCCUCCAAGCCGACGCCAAAUCCUACACCAACGCCACCGAAUUCGUCCACCGCAAUGCCACCUUCUUCACCACCUCCCUCGAUAGACCCGCAUACACACCCACCACCUCCACCACCCCUUUCCCCAUCUCCGCCCUCCACACCGCUGCCGCAGCCCUCAGCCUGGUCCCUCCAUCCCACUGGACCAUCGAAUCCCACCGAUUCAACAUCACCUCAUACGACGGCGCCCAGGCCUCCGAAUCGGACCCGGACUCCCUUCGCCCGCCCCCCAACGAGAUGUCAGAGGAAGAACACCGUAAGGCGCGCAUCGCAGCGGAUAAGGCCUUCAAGAAAGAACUCUACCAUUACCUCCGCUGGGCAUUGUCCGCGUCCGCCCCGGGCCCUGGCAUCCCCGAGACGAUGACGAUUCUGGGCCGGAACGAAACGCUUCGUCGGUUGCAGGAGGCGAGGGAGCUGACCGGGGGGUUGGCCGGGCCCAAGAAGAAGGUGAAGGGAAAGCCGAUGCAGGAAGGAGAUAAGUCGUGGAUGGGGUCGUUGGGUUCGUUGUGA